AUGUCGACCGUCACCCUCACCCUCCCAGAACCUUUCGCUAGCAUCCCUAAAGCAGACUUCCUUUUCGGACCCUCGCCAAUCCAUCACCUGCCUAGAAUUUCAGAAGCUCUGGGAGGGAAAGUAUCUAUAUGGGCGAAAAGAGAGGAUUGCAACUCUGGGAUUGCAUUUGGGGGGAAUAAAACUAGGAAAUUGGAGUACCUCAUUCCAGAAGCUCUGGAGCAGGGCUGCGAUACCCUCAUUAGUAUCGGAGGAGUACAGUCAAACCAUACCCGGCAGGUAGCUGGUGUAGCUGCAAAGCUGGGUCUAAAGGCCAAACUAGUGCAAGAGCACUGGGUAGACUGGAAUGACCCCGGCUAUGACAAAGUAGGCAACAUCCAACUCUCCCGCAUGAUGGGCGCUGCACCACGCCUCGAUCCCUCGACCUUUGGAAUCGAGCACAAGCCCACACUAGCCAACCUGACCCAAGAGGUAAUCGAUGCCGGCGGGAAGCCGUAUUAUAUCCCAGCCGGGGCUUCAGAUCAUCCUCUCGGCGGUCUUGGAUUCGCACGCUGGGCAUUCGAGGUCGAGGCGCAGGAGAAAAAAGACGGCGUCUUCUUCGACACCAUUAUCGUGUGCGCGGUGACGGGAAGCACGUUUGCGGGCAUGAUUGCGGGGUUCAAAGCCAUUGAGAAGAAUGGUGGGAGGAAGAGGAGAGUCAUCGGUAUCGACGCCAGUGCCAAGCCCAAAGAAACGCGCGAUCAGGUGCUGCGGAUUGCCAAGUUCACGGGGGUGAAGAUUGGGUUGCAGGAGGGAGAUAUCACCGAGGCGGAUGUGGAGCUGGAUGAGAGGUAUCAUGAUGGGUGUUAUGGGAUUCCCGGCGAGAUGACAAAGACGGCUAUGCGGUUUGGGGCGCAGACGGAGGGCUUUAUCACGGAUCCCGUGUAUGAAGGGAAGAGUCUUGCUGGGAUGAUGGAUUUGGUGAAGAAGGGGGAGAUAGAAGAGGGGAGCACGGUGCUCUAUGCUCACCUGGGAGGACAGUUGGCUUUGAAUGCUUACUCGGAACUCUUUUGA